UGGGGAUGUGGUAGGCUUUGGCGCCACUCAACCAAGUAACUAUUGCUUCAUCUGGCAAAGGUGAGAGAGGUUUUGUUUACUUUGUACUUUCAGUGAAAGCCACCAGUGUUGUGCAGCACAAGCUUCUUGCCAAGGGCCAGCCUGCUGCUGAGAGCAUAGGCGGUUUCAUUUUAAAUGGUGGAAACACAAUCACCUGGAAAAGAGUGUGCGGUGCUGCCCCUGUGGGUGACGACGGUCACUUCUUGUCCUCUUCCACCUGCCAUUAGGGAGCAGCUGAGGGUCCACCACAGCCUGAGGUGCUACCGAGACAACCAUUAUGAACUGCUACACAGCUUUUACUGGCUCUCCUGCUACAGCCGCGGCUCCACUGUGUCUGGAAAUGGGCGCAGUCCUCUGUGUGUGACUGAGAACCCUGAACUGCUAGCUGGACCUUGGGCUAUUCCAGAGGAAACCACAGACCCAGAUGAAAACCAAGCUGAAGACUUUCUCAGAGACCCAAACCUUCAUCUGAAUAUUGAAGAAUCAGACAAGGAGUUCAUGGCCAUAAGGGAAGAGCUGUGUGACUCCCGCAUGAACCGUCGCUGGCACUGUCUGGACACUGUUCUGUCUAACAUUCCGGAUGAGCUCCCCCAGUGUGAAACAAGUGUUCACCAUGCCCUCCAACCGCCCUAUUAACUGGAUCUUGCUUUGGUUUUGGAGAAGAAAAUUCCGGGAAUGUAUUAGAUCCUGAAUGUAUAAUUAAUUAUCCUUCCCCUCCCCAACCCCCAGUACUGGGAGAUGAAGCCCAAGACCUUGUAUAUGUUAGAUAAGCGCUCUACAACUGAAUUGUGUCCCAACCCUCAGAAACUGUUUGUCACUAUAAACUUCUGGGACUUCAAUGUGAUUGGCAUGGUGGAAUAUGAUAUAAGUAAAGAUUACUAUCACAGUCA